AUAGAAAAGAGUACAUGGGAUGUCAAGUGUCACUGGUGGCUCCAGUCAUCCAACUCCCAUUUUCUCUCUCACUGAACAAGAAAAAGAAAAAUAAGAAAAAGAAAAUAUCUUGGAAACAACACUGAAAGAUUUCUCUUACAUCUCAGCUGAAUUUUCUUUAAAAUGGCAAAGCACUCACAAGUACCAAAAUUUGGCGACUGGGAGAGCGAUGAAGAUGUUCAAUAUUCUAUUGUUUUCGAGAAUGCUGCUAAGGGUAAGAAAGGAAGUAAAAUGAAUCCAAAUGAUCCUCAAGAUCUUGAUGCAAAAGUGAAAGGUGAAAAUGGAAGUGACGCUGUACGACAGAAGCCUGAACGUUUUGCCAGCAGAGAUGAUGUAGAAAUGCGGAAAUCAACUGACAAAGCUCCAACUUACUCAUCUCCACAACGACAUGGUGAGAAAUCUGGAGGCCGCAAGUCAGAAUCAGAAACAAUGAAGGGACCUGAAAUCCCGAGGCAUGAACGUCGGCCAAGUCGAGAAGAGGGUCACCUAAGGAAACCUACUGAUUCGCCAUUGCGCAAUGAGAACAUGGGGAGAAGAACUCCUAUGGAAUCACCUCAUCAUCGCUAUGGUGGCUUAAGUGGCGGUGCUACACCUAAGAGGGCCUCUCAGCAAAGUGUGGGACCCGAUCGCAGCAUUGAGCACUCCCCGCUGCAUCCACAUGGAAGGGCUGGAGGCAAAGGUGGUGUUGUUUCCUCUCCCUCAUGGGAAAGAAAGACUUCAUAUGAAGGUAGUCAUGGUCUGGCCCCCUCUACACCUGGAAGAUCCCGUUUGAGAUCAGUUACGAAAGGUGAUGACACGCCUGAUGACAGCCCUGCUGUUCCUAAAUUUGGUGACUGGGAUGAGAAUGAUCCAGCAUCAGCAGAAGGUUACACACAAAUAUUUAACAAAGUGCGAGAGGAGAAGCAGACUGGUGCAGCAAAAGUACCUGCCUCGUCUAAUGAUUCAUCUUACUCCAACAGUCAAAAGCGAUAUGGAAAUGACAGUGGAAAGGGAUGUUUGUGCUUUCCAUGGGGUCGUAGUUAACAGUGCUGACGAUGGAAUUGAAAAAAGGCAAAUGGGCAUGUACCCUAUUUUAAAACAUGGAACACUGGUUAUGUAUAGAUUUAGGUCUAAGUAUAUAUGUUGUUCAUUGUGUGCUUUAGACUGGAAUUCUUUUAUUUACAAAAACAGAAAAGACUGAGAAAGGGGAAAGAAAAAACAAAGGAAGAGAUAAUGACAUUCUUCUUUUUCUGCCA